AUGCCUGUUCCCACGGGUCAUAGGACUGAGCGUAAAGAAAAAAAGAGAAAAAAAAAAAAGCCAAGAUACGGAUACCUGGGAUUUAUCACCUCAGCUCCUCUCGGAAACGGUCCAGCAUGGUAUCUGCUACGUUGUCAUCCCCGCGCGCUGUCACGACGAGAACAGAAGAACAGCGGAGACACCUGUGGAUGCCACUUUCACAAACGGACUAGGUUGAUCAACGCGUCUGGCCAACUCGCCCCUCUUGCCGCAGCUGCACAUCACCCCCUCCAGUCUCCGUCGGAUGCGUGUCGCUAUCAAAAACCCUGUCUACGAGAGUGGAUACCACACAGAGAAGCGCCGAACCGUAGGGAAGGUUCAUCGGGGAUCGGGAGAAGGUUUUUGGUGCUACCACUCCCGUGCGUUCCGCUCCCCCUUCACACAAAGAGACUGUAG